AGUGUGGUACUCGGCUAAUUCGUCUGCCCGCAGCCAGCCGAGCUGCUGUAUGACGUCAGAGAUGUGGUCGCUGCGUCUACGGCCACUGACGACUCUGGCACAGAAAUUGAGAAUUUUCUGGACACGAGCCAUCUGGGUCACACCGCACGACCCAUACACGCUUAUACAAUACCGCACGAUCGAUAUGACUAGGGCUUGAACAACUACCUUACGUGUGUUUGCUGGCAUCACGUGGCGGGCAUGACUGAGAGCGAUUAAAAUUCCUGUGCAUUUUGAUGCCAUGGCGGUGAUGUGAGCUUGAUAGUUCAGAUGGCGGUCGAGAUAAAGUCCGAGGUUCUUCACCGUCCCUGCAUCGACUACAGUUGAACCACAAAAGUUGACAGUGACGGGCGGGAGUCCACGCAACAUAGCUGGUGUGCCCAACACCAGCAUCUGUGUUUUGGCGGCGUUAACUUUCAUGCCAUUGUGGCAAAACCAUCGGUAGGCGGCGUCGAGUGCGGCCUCAGUGCGUGAAAUGAUACAAUCCAAAUCCCGUUUCUUUCCAGUGACCAAAAUUUGAGUGUCAUCUGCAAACUGUACUAUGGUGACUCCGUCGGGCAUGUGCAGACUGAGAUCGUUAGCAAAAAGCAUGUACAAGGCACAACUGAGACUACCUCCCUGGAAAACACCAAUGGUGUUUUCUCUCGGUCGGGAGGUGAUACUGGAGCCGUCAGCGGCGCGGACUCUGACCUGUUGCACAUGCCCAGCCAAAUAGUUAGCGAACCAGUCGGUGUCGAUACCGUAUAGGCUAAGUUUUUGCAGGAGUUUUUGGUGAGACACGACAUCAAAACAUUUUGAAAGAUCCAGUAAGACCAAAAUUGAAAUUUCACCGUUGUCCAUGGACUGAAGAAUGCGGUCAGUAAUGACGUUGAGGGCCGUCUCUGUGGAGUACAGUCUCCUGUACCCGUGUUGUUCGGCUGCCAGCAGAGAAUGCUCGGAUAGGUAGUCGAUCAGCUGGGUUUGAACUAUGCGCUCAACUAUUUUCAUUAUGCCUGGUAAAAUGGAAAUAGGGCGCGUGUCUGCUGGCGUGUUCCCUGCUUUGCCUUUCGGUAUUGGUGUCACUAUCGCGUGCUUCCAUCCAGGUGGAAUGAGAUAGUCGGUAGAUAUACAACACCCGAAACGCAGGGCUGAUAACACAGCCACGGGCCCGAACAGAGACGGGGAGACGUCGACUAUGUAUUAGAGGAGUCGCGAUGUUAAACGGUACCGAGUUGAGCCCGUAUAUACCAGCGUUUCGCGCCAAUGUGAAGCGUGUGAUCAUGUCGAGACGCCGAGUAGCUGUCUGAACCUGUUCCAGUCGCACGCUUGUUUGUGUUUGCCAGUGAUAUCUAUGCCUACUCGUACUGUCUAUAUGUUCCCCGUUUUAUCUGGUUUUACGUGUCUGGUGAAAAGCCACUUUUAUUGUGGAUCCUAGAUGAAUACACAUCUGUAUCUGUAUCUGUAUCUGACUACGGAGGAGAUGUUUAGCUGCCUCUCGGGGGGAGAGUCGUACACAAAACUGGACUUAGCAAACGCAUAUAAACAGCUACGCGUCUCGGAAAAAAAAUCAGGAACUGCUUACGGUCAAUACGCCACGAGGGCUGAUGCGUCACCGGAGGCUGCCAUUUGGCCUGAAUAUUGCUCCCAAUAUUUGGCAAAGAACGAUGGAUAGCAUUUUGCAAGGUCUGAAGAGUGUCGCGUGCUAUCUUGAUGAUAUUUUGGUGACCGGAUCCUCUCGCCAGGAGCACGUGGACAACCUCGAACAACUGCUCAGUCGCCUUCAGCAGUACGGUGUGCGGCUGCGCCGCGAGAAGUGCCGCUUCUUCCAGAGGUCUGUGGAGUUUUUGGGAUACACUCACCACCGAGGGAGUGCGACCGAGCGAAAAGAAGCCCAGGUGGCGUCUGCCACCGCCAAGGAUCCGGUGCUCAGCGUGGUGCUCGGCUGGGCUCGAACCGGCGCCUGGCCCGGGCACGCGAACGACAGCCGGUUGAAGCCGUACCUGCAGCGGAGAGAGCAGCUCACCGUAAUCGACGGCUGCGUACAGCUCGAGCUACCUGGCAGCGCGAGAUAUUCAUCACCGUCUGACACCGCCGUACCACCCAGCGUCAAACGGGCAGGCGGAGUCUCUGGUCAACCUGUCUUGGUUCGAGAUCUGCGGCCAGCAGCGACCGAGAAAUGGCAGCGCGCUGUCGUCGUCGCCAUUGGAGGCCCACUGACGUACAGCGUGCGGCUGCCGGACAGUCGCAUACGUCUCGCCCACGUGGAUCAUCUGCUGGCCGACGGCUCUGCUUCUGUGACGGCUGAGCGUGGGCCCCUCGAUGCGCGGGUGACGGUGCCGCCUCCGACGGAGCCGGGAAAGCUUCGCGGUCCAGCAGUGCCAUGUGUGAUGGACGCUAGGGGGCGUUUUCCGUAUAUCAGUGAUUAUAAUAAGCGAGCAACAUGCGAGGGCAAUCGUGGCGCGCGUGCAUCAGAGCCGGUAGAAGCGGCGCCGGCCUUGCGGCGCUCUGCUCGGCUGGCUAAAAAAAAACUUGUUAAAGGGCGAGGAGUGCUGUGAGCGCCGUCUAUUUGCUGCAUGUGCUGGUCGUGUGACCGCUCGUGUGACCGCUCGUGUGACCGCCCGAUUCGUGCGGCUGGGCCGCCGCUCGGCGCAGCUGACCGACCGACUGCCUGGGGGCGGGGUCGAAGGUCGGGGAGCUGCGCGGUCGAGACGAACCGCCGCUGACCGACUGAUGGUCACUCUCUGACCGGCCGUGAUCCAAUACAGUCCGUCUGAUGAA